AGUGCGAACCCGCGCUCUCCGGCCGCAGCCUCCUGCCCCUGUGCUCGGGAAUCUCCCAGCCGCUGUGCGUUUGUGGAGCUGCCUCGUCUGGCACGCGUGUUGCCGCCGCCGGGCGCUGUGGCUGUGUGCGGCGGCGAGGUCUUCUUCGGAUGACCCCAGACCUGCCUGCGGGGCGCAGCUCAGACCCUUGCUGAUUGGAGGUCGGGUCCCCACCCGCUGAGAGGCCAGGCCUCCCCAUCACCAGCGCGCUCGCUCUCUCCUAAUCAGCUUGCUUUCCUCGCCUGAGGUGACCCACUUGUAGCUCGCUCCGGAGCAGCAGAGCAGACCUUCUCUUAAGGAGGAGGAGUUGAUGGUGGUGGUGCAGAAAGGGAGCCAGAAUUAAGGAGCAGAGAAGCUCCCUGCACGAAGGAGGAGGAAGACGCCGCCGCGGCAGGCUCCUUCCUCCUGUGACGGGGGCGAGGACUGCCUUCGCGGUCAAGAAAGAAAACUUUGCGCAACGGGGGGCGGGGGGGCUGAAUUGUCUGAGGGAAGUCCCGCGGCGCUGGCCGACGAGGGGCUGGGCUGCAAAGUCCGGACGACGAGUUGCCCCGCAGCUUGCCACGCCGUUCUCCGCAUCCUUUCCGUGCUGCUUUCGCUGCCCGGCCUGGAGCAUGGAGUGGGGUAGCCUCGGUGUUGACUGCAGUCGAGCCAACUCCAAGGAACUGUGACUCCUCGCGGGACUCUGGCCCUUCAAGGGCUGGAUAAACGCCGGGGACCAUGGGGGUCAACGGCACCGAGGACUUGGCCAAUGACACCUUCCACACUCCGGAAGGGGACCGGGACUACAACUUCGCCGCCUUGGUCUUCGGGAUCUUCCUCAUCCUCUUCAUCAUCAGCGGGAAUUUGCUGGUCUGCCUCAGCGUCUGCACCGAGAAAGCUCUGAAGACCACCACCAACUACUUCAUCGUCAGCUUAGCCGUGGCCGACCUGCUCUUGGCCAUCCUGGUGUUACCUCUCUAUGUCUAUUCCGAGUUCCAGGGAGGUGUGUGGUCCUUGAGCACAAUCGUGUGUGAUGCCUUGAUGACCAUGGAUGUGAUGCUGUGCACAGCCUCUAUUUUCAACCUCUGUGCAAUCAGCGUGGAUCGGUUCAUUGCUGUUUCCAUUCCACUGAAUUACAACCGGCGUCAGAUUGACCUGCGGCAGUUGAUCCUCAUCUCCACCACCUGGAUCUUUGCUCUUGCUGUAGCCUCCCCAGUCAUCUUUGGCCUCAACAAUGUUCCAGACCGCGACCCCACUUUGUGUCAGCUGGAGGAUAACAACUAUGUUGUGUACUCCUCUAUCUGCUCCUUCUUCAUUCCUUGCCCUGUCAUGCUGGUCCUCUACUGUGCCAUGUUCCAGGGACUCCGGCGUUGGGAGGAGGCUCGGAAGGCCAAGCUGAAGAGCAGCAUCUACUUGGGCAACAGGAGGCUGUAUUGCCCACCGCCCAUCAUAGAGAGGAACCAGACUGAGAUCAAACUGGAGGAGUGUAACCUGUAUGCUCGCUCUGAGUGCUCUUUACCCAGGGAUUACAUGAACAAUGGCAUUCAGACUGUGUCCUACCCACACCUCAGAUAUCCGCCACAUGCAGGACUCAAAAGGAAGCCAGCUAAAAUCAACGGCAGGGAAAGGAAAGCCAUGAAAGUCCUGCCAGUUGUGGUUGGUGCUUUCCUCUUCUGCUGGACUCCUUUCUUUGUGGUCCACAUAACCAGAGCGUUGUGUGAGUCCUGCACCAUCCCCAACGAAGUCACCAGUAUUGUCACGUGGCUGGGCUAUGUCAACAGCGCUCUCAACCCUAUCAUCUACACUAUCUUCAACACUGAGUUUAGGAACUUCUUCCGCAAAGUUUUGCACAUCUUCUGCUGACACUGCUGAAUUUUGAAUAUAGAACUGGACUCUGAAUAUAGAGCAGACUAUUGUACUGCACAGUGCAAAGAGCCAGACAAAUCAACUUCUUUGUAUAGUUUAUUAAAGUUUUAUUUCUUGCUAA